CUCUGACACACACACACACACACACACACAUGCACACACACACACCCACACACACACACACACACACACACACACACACACACACACACACACACACACACACACACACACACACACACACACACACACACACACACACACACACACACACACACACGUAUACAGCAUAUUGGGUUUGGUCGUCUUCUCUUCACCAGAUGUCAGAAGGUAGACAAGCUGAGCUCACCUUAAAGCUUCUCUUGAUUAGUUUGAUAAAUCGAUCGAUUAGUCAGAUAGAUAUUGUGUAUGGUGAGGACCUAGAGCAUCAACAGGGGAGCAAGUUGAAUUCUUUCUUUUCUACUUGUCGUUCUUCUCCUCUGAGACAGAAGCGUCAGAUGACAGUGUGACGUCAGGUGCAUGUCAGCAGUGACCCCUUGGGUGAGGGAUGGAAGAGUUCUGCCUUCCAGACGGUGAGGAAGCAUCGCAAAGGCAUCACCGAGAAGAGGAGCCGAUAGAUGCACAUCACCUCUACCCCUUCGGCUCCCCGGUCCCGUUCCACACCCUCACUCACCUGGGAUCGGUGACCAAUGGACCAGAAGCACCAAAGACGUCCGGGUGGGCCAGACUUGAGCUGGGGUUCCAGGGAUGUCAGCAGCCAAUCACAGCCAGGGAGCCCGGCGACGCCCCCUCAGACCAGACCAUCACCAUCCUACACGCCAAGGUGGCACAGAAGUCCUAUGGCAACGAGAAGCGGUUCUUCUGUCCUCCUCCCUGUGUCUACAUCAGCGGUCGAGGAUGGAGGCUUAGGCCUGAUGACACCAAAGCACCUGGCUAUGGGGACAGCCGAUACGGUCUGAUUGGCUACAUGUGCCUCGAUAGCUCCGCCAACUCUCUGGACGACACCUUCAAACUAGCCUUCGAUGACCUCACCAACCACAGGAUGUUUGCCAGUGCCAAGUCCCUGUACAUCUCAGACCAGGACAAGAGGAAGCACUUCCGUCUAUUGCUCCGCCUCUUCUUGUCAGGACAGGAAGUCGGUUCCUUCCAGAGCAGGAUGAUCAAAGUGAUCUCUAAACCUUCCCAAAAGAGACAGUCCAUGAAGAACGCCGACUUGUGUAUCUCGUCCGGCUCCAGGGUCGCGCUGUUUAACCGGCUCCGCUCCCAGACCGUCAGCACACGCUUCCUGUCAGUGGACCGGCACGCCGCGGUGGCCAGCGGCCGCCAGUGGACUGCCUUCACCAUCACCCUGGUACAGGGUCUGGACCAGGGAGACUAUAUUCUGAGUGAGGGCUUCAUCUGCUACAGCUCUGUGGUCAAGCUGGUCUGUACUGAGACUGGAGUAGCCCUACCACCCAUGGUGAUCCGUAAGGUGAACAAGCAGCAUGCCAUCCUGGAUGUGGACGAACCUGUCUCUCAGCUGCACAAGUGUUCCUUCCAGUUCAGAGAAGAGGCCCACUCCUACCUUUGCCUCUCCAACGACACCCUCAUACAGCACCAGGGCUCCUUCUCCUCCAAGGACCCAGGCCGGGUGGUGCUGAGCGACGGCUGCUGUUGGACCAUCAUUGGUGUGGAAGCGGUGGAGUUCUCCUUUAACCAGAACCUUGCUCCCCUCCACUCCCUUGUCAGCCCUGUUCCUGUCAUCACCGGCCUACAGGUGAGUGGAGGAGGUCAUGUUGCUACUCUGGAGGUCCAGGGAGAGAACUUCACUCCUCAUCUGAAGAUCUGGUUCUCCUGCCAGGAGUCAGAGACCAUGUUUAGGUCACCUAAGUCCAUGCUGUGCGUCAUUCCGGACGUCUCUGUGUUCGGCGAGUCCUGGCGUUGCAUGCGCCGGGUCAUCACCGUGCCGCUGUCUCUGAUGCGGUCGGACGGUCUCAUCUAUCGCUCUUCCUACAGCUUCACCUACACCCCCGAGCUCCAACCACCUCCUCCUGCCCGAGGAACAGGAGGAGGAGGAGGGAGGAGGAAGGAUGGAGGGAUGGAGAGAGUAGAGGAGGAUGAUGCACUACUCGAAUCCAUCCAUCAGGAGUUCACUAGAGCUAAUUUUCACCUGUUCAUGCAGAGCUAGCUAAUAAACACCAAAAAACAUGGUAAAGUCUAGCUCGCCGUCAGCUAACUGUCUAACAGCAUGCUAAAUGCUAGCUAGCUGGCUGAAAGCUUACUAGCUAGUUAGCCAGCCUGUUCACCUCUUUUAUCUGGGAGAUAUCAGGAAGAAGUAAGAACUGAGGCACUUAGGCACUUGUCUUUGGUGACCAUGUAACCAGUGUUUGGUGACCAGUGUUUGGUGACCAAUGUAACCUGAGUUUGGAGACCUUGAUUACCAGUGUUUGGAGCCCUUGAUUACAAGUGAUUGGAGACCUUGAUUACCAGUGUUUGGAGACCUUGAUAACAUUGGCAUGCUUUGAGAUAGGUUAUAAAAGUCAGACAUUUGUAUCAGACCAUGUUUAAGUAUUCCAAUUGACUCUAAUUUGGUGGGGAAACAUAAUUUAUGAUAAUAUAAAUAUAUACAAAUAUAGAUCGAUGUAUUAUUUAAUUGUUUUGUUUUUAUUCAGCCGGAUGAAAGAGGAAUGCAUAGGCCUAUUGAACUAAGAAUACCAUGUUGUGUUCCCAGACUAUCGAGAAAACCAAUACACGGGAAAGACUAAUCUGGCAUAAUCCAACUCAUGCACCUCACCCCCCUUCAACCGCAUCCCUUUGAAGACCGGCUGCUCUUUAAUUUAAUAUGAAACAGAACAAAGGAAAGCAUCAACUGAACCAAAAGACUUACAUGUCGACCCAAAAACGAAUGCUGUUAGCACCACAAGACUGCCAACACCGAGACAACGGUCUUGUUUGCUUUCAUUAGGGUUGACGUUCAUAUCUAUUUAUAAUGAAGAACAAAAAAAAAUAUUUUAGAUGAAAUGUC